UAGUUUCCGAGUCUUACGCGGUUGUGGCAAUUUUUUCAGUCGCGUGUGUAAAGCGCGCGCGGCUGUAUCCUUCCCGUUGAGUUCCGAUUUCGCGUUCUUUUUUCGAAUAUUUUCGCGCGCUCCCAGCGAGUGGGCGUUUAGAAACUUUAUUUUUUUUUCAGUUGUGCAAGUUUUUAGUACAAACUUUUUUUCUAUUGCGUUACAAAACUGUGUGUGUGAUCGUAAUUGGAUUUUGUGACGUGUGACUUUGAUGUUUGUUUCUUCUUUCUUUGCGUGUUUGGAUGUCAUAGAUUAAGGUAACAAUCCUAAUCUCGUUUAGAAAUUUGCGGCGGAGUCGAAGGUGCAACGGAAAGGCGCAAAUUGUCACGAACUUUUCCGAGAAGACGAAUAAAACUUCAUAUCACAUGCCCGCCAAUAAACGUGACAACGUUGGCUGAUUUGGAAGACUGAUCAAUUAUGUACCAAUCAAACUAGAAUGUAAAUUACAACAAACCAAAUCCUCGGUCGGAGUUGCGUCGAGUUGCCAGAGAUGACUACUGCGAUGGCAGCGCACCAGGAUCCUUUACACGAGAGGCUGCAAGCUGGACCCGAGGAACCCCUCUACAUGCACACAUGGGAUAGUUCUGAUCACCAAGAAGAGCACAGCACAGAUAUGUCUUCUUACUACAACAUGCCCAAAAGAAACAAGAGGAAGAACUUCAAACCGCGAUGUGCUCCAAACACGACAACAUUCUCAGACGAAUCCAAUGGUGCCAACUGUGAACUACCAAGCCCUGUCAAUGGAAGGACGACACCUGAUCAAGUCGAUGAAACAGAUGAAACCUACGCUAAAAUAGGUGUUAAAAACUUUAGUUUACUAAAAAGCGGUGCAGUAGAUCUCAGUAGGAGAUUGAGCACUGAAUCAAAUGAAAACAUAGACGCAAAUUACCAAAACAAUUUGUCAGAUGACAAAAAAGUCGACUCCUUCCAGCGUUCCUAUAUCCAUAGCUUACAAAUGAACCAGGAUGCGGACAGGGAUCGUACAGUGUUAAACUUUAGUAAUUUACAAAACAAAACCUUCUGUGCCAAAAAUCCGUUUGCUAUAUCCCAGUUAAUAAAGACUAAUUCACCGCCUAGAAGAAGGGAUUCAGAUAGUGACGAUGAGGGGAAAGACCAGGAUGUGAAUACCAGUGUGAGAUUAGAGAACCCACAAGUUCUGGAGACGACUGAGCCUCAACAGAACGGUGAUGCGUCGAACGCUACGAAUAGAAUUUUAAGGGACUACGCAAUGAAUACUAUGAAGGAACUACUGGGUAUAUACGGUCUAUCGUCAAAUGAAGUGGCUGACGCUAUAAGUGGGCAAAUAUUAGCACUCCAAGCACUACAAGUCCCAAAGCCUUUCACCGAACUACCUCGAAGUCUGAAACGUCGUCACGACUCCGGCGAUGGAACAGACAGGAGCUUACGAAGGUCCUCAUCAGCUACGGAGGACGAGGGGUCCACCAACAUCACUCCACCGAAAACACCUGACAAUUACAUCAAAUCUACAAUGCAAAGGACAUUAAACAUAAUGAGGCUGCUAAGUAAAGAUGAAGAAGCAAGUUCAGAUGACGGAGAACAAACCCUAGACCUCAGCGUAUCCAAGGAUGCUGAUGGACAGGAGCAGUCGACGACGUCAAGUGCAGGAAACAGCGUCUCCGAGUUUGAUCAGAACAUGAUGAUGAGGAAGAAUCUAGAAGACCUGUCCAAUUUACAAAUGCAGAAUUUCUUCCAAAAGCAAUCAAUGAUGGAUGCAGAAGAUUCGCAAGAAAGGAAAAUGCAAGCUAGCGGUCUGCUGUCAGCCUUAAAUCACUUGGAUCAGGCGCGCAAGAACUCUAUGCAAACGACCGUGGAUUACUCCAGAUACGUCAAAAGGUACAGUUCAACUCUGGAAUGCGGUUCUUCGUACUGCAAGGACUUGGGCUACCGGGAGCACUUCCACUGCAUGGACUGCACUGCCAGGGUCUUCUGCAAGAAGGAGGAGAUGAUCAGGCAUUUUAAGUGGCACAAGAAACGUGACGAGUCCUUAGCGCAUGGGUUCAUGAGAUAUUCUCCUCUGGACGACUGUUCCGAGCGCUUCAGCGAUUGUCCUCACAACAGGAGUCAAACCCACUACCAUUGCAUACAAGAUGGUUGUGAUAAGGUGUACAUAUCCACGUCAGAUGUUCAAAUGCAUGCGAACUACCACCGCAAGGACUCUGCUAUCCUGCAGGAAGGGUUCCAAAGGUUCCGUGCGACUGAGAGUUGUUCAGCUCCUCACUGCAUCUUUGCUGGCCAAAGAACCACACAUUUCCACUGCAGGAGGCCUGGCUGUACAUACACGUUUAAGAAUAAAGCUGAUAUGGAAAAGCACAAAACCUACCACAUCAAGGACGAGGCCUUGUCCAAGGACGGCUUCAAGAAGUACAUGAAGAACGAGGCCUGCCCCUACCGCGACUGCCGGUUCAGCCGCACCUGCAACCACAUCCACUGCAUCAGGCCUCACUGCAACUACGUGCUGCACUCCAGCAGUCAGAUCUUCACUCAUAAGAGAAAGCAUGAGAGGAAGGAGCAAGAGAUGAGUUUUGGCUUACCCCCCUCGGUGAUCCAGAGCGCGCUGCUGCAGCAAGGCGCUGACCUCAGCAUGUACUCGCCCGGUAGCACCAUGCACGACGACGACAUGUCCAGCUCCAUCAUGGAUGACUAUGCUCAGCCAUUUAACCAAUCGCUAGUGGACGAAGUAUCGCGCAAGUACAUAGAGACAUUCAACGGCGGAAAGGAUCUGGAGGACAAAUGCAACAAAUGCAGCGCUUGCAACAAGCAUUACCAUUGCUUGGCUGAAGGAUGCAAGUUAGCUCAUAGCUGCCACAACACGAUGGUGAAGCACGUGAUGGAGCACGAGCAGCAGAACCAGGUGACGGAGGCGUACUUCGUCACCUACACCCGCAACAACCCCUGCACCAACUCCGCCUGCCAGCACAUCCGGGACAUCACACAUUACCAUUGCACUUGGGAAAACUGUGGAGCAGUAAUCCUCUCCUCAGAAGAACAUCCAUUUAGACGUCUUGAACACCAUCGUCAACAUGCGAUUCUGAGCCCUAUGUCACCGAACUUAGCGGCGAGAUUCGCACCAAACUUCACUCCGCAACUCUCAGCGCAGUUACAUCCAAAUAUGGCAGCACAACUCGGCCAAGUUGCCAAUCUACCAAACCUGCCAACAAAUUUGGCACAUUUGGCUCAAAUGACUCCAAGCCUAUCAACCCAGUUGACCCCGAAUUUGCAAGCUCAACUAAGUCUUGGGCCAAACACUGGAAUAGUACCUCAACAUGUGAAUCCGUCAACUUCUUUGGAUGAGAUGUUUAGCAGGAAGAGGGGAAGACCACCCAAAAACCGGGUUGUAGAAGUUUGGACCGACAACGUGACUCCACAAGCUAUAUUCACAUCUUUCAAACUUCCAAAAAGCAAUCAACUACCUCCUGUCAUACAAACACCAGUCAUCACUACUGUGGAGGAGUUUCCUCGCAUAAAAUUCCAACAUUUCGAAGUAUUCACCGUAUCCGAGACUUGCUCGCAAUACUAUCCUAACUGUCAGUUACGCUCAACAAGAAUUCAUCUCCACUGCUUCUACUGCAGCUUCACCAGUGAAACACACAUCACCAUGGAAACCCACAUGAGAGAAUCCCAUGCUUUAGCCCCACUGUUAGAAGGGUUUGAUUACUUCUCAUCUUUCGACCAAUGCGGUGGAAAGAGUUGCUUCAAAAACCAAUUAAGAUCCCACUUCCAUUGCGCCCAGGGAAACAAUUGUCCAGCAAUCCUGACACAAUAUUCAGCGCUGGCAACACAUAAACAUGGUAGAGGAACUCCUGUCAUAAAGAGUGAAGAACAAGAGAAGUCGUAUGAUGAAGCCAAAGAUUAUUCUAUUAAAGAAAGGGCAUCAGCUGAUAGCAUCGCCUCUAUGAAAGAGCAAAUGGACUAUGGCCCUACUAAUUUCUCUAUCAAAAAUGAGUUUGAAAAAGAACAGGACAAUAUUUCGGUAGUAAAAGCGACUGGAACAUUUUAUCCGUCGUCUCACCUCCGAAGCAACACAUCAUCUCCUUCACCAAGAAGCAUCUAUGAUGCGUCACCGUCAAAGGAGAUGAAAAUGAGAGAGUUUGAGAAAAAACCCUUCGAUGCCCCAAAAAUGCCAGGACCGACCAUACCACCAUCGUGUCAUGAUCAGGCUUGUCCUUUGAAUAAGAACGCUGGAGGAAUGAAUCUGCACUACCACUGUCCUCAUUGCAGUCAGGCGUAUGUGGAUUUGAAACUCCUGUUUAGCCAUAUGGUAAAGAAACAUAGCAACACCAUGGAUCCUGGGCCCAUAGGAUUAGCUGCUACCAAGGAAACCCUUGAGAGAGAGUAUCCAGAAAUUUCAAUACUGCCUUCGACUGCUACGUCAUCAAAUGCACAAUCUUUGUCACCAUGUCAACGACCUCCGAAUCCUGCAGAGCAAGUACAGGCAGUCCAAAGUCUACUCCUCCAGCAGUAUCUGGCAGGUGGCCGGAAAGGAAGUCUCCAAGAACAGCUGAAGAUGCAGCAACAGUACACAGCAUCUCUUGCUGGUCUUCCAGGACUUGCUCAAGUUGCUCUGUUUUCGCAGGGAGGUUCUGCUUUCCCGUUGUACCCAACGAUGAUGUACCCACCGGAACUGCUGCUAGAGCAGAGUCUGCUCCAAGGUCACGGUCUUCCGCCUGGAAUGGACAAAGAAGCCGAGCUUAUUGCUAAAUCCAGGCGCACUCACACUCCCAGAGGACCUCACAUGAGGGUGCUGAAGGACGAGCCCAUCCCUGAAGGCUACCUUCGAUUCCGGUUCAAUGAGGACUGCGGUUAUCAGCAAUGUGGUUACAGGGAACAUCAAACCCACUUCCACUGCACCAGAAAGGACUGUGGCUACUCUUUCUGCGACAAAACAAGAUUCGUCCAACAUACGGCGAGACAUGAAAGAUUAGACACAUUGAUGGGCGGAGACUUCCAACAGUACCGAGCAAAUGUGUACUGCCAAAGACCUGAGUGUCCACACGCUUCGACUUUCGUAGGUACAGGUCAAAACAAAGCGUCCCAUUUCCACUGUCUGAAGUGCGACUUCGUUUGCACUGAUACUAACAAAGUGGUGGCUCAUCGUAGACAACAUCAGAAGCUUGACUCGAUACAGGCGGCUGGCUUUGACAAAUUCCAACCAAGCAAAGGUUGUGGUUACGAGCCUCAAUGCAUCCACAGCAAGAAGCAAACUCACUACCACUGCCUACAAUGUGGUUUUGCAGUACUCGGGCUCUCUCAAAUGACGUCCCACAAGUACAAACAUCAGGAGGCCAACCUUGGCCCUUCCACCAGUGCGACUAACUGACAUAUUCUCUACCAGUUCAAAUCUUUAGAUUUAUCUAUACAAGUUUUGAUAUGAAAGACAUUAUAUAGUGCAAACAAUCGAAUAGAAUCGUAGACUAUCAGUUAAUGUACUAUAAAAUUGAUAUUUUUGUCUUGAUGGGAUUUUUUAAAAUACCAACUCUUGUGAAUAUUUGCGUAGUUUUCUAUAUUAUAUUUGAUAACUGCAAAAUAUUUAUGGUACUACUAUACUAAUGUUAACUUUAAUCCAACAAAUUUGGACUACUAUAUCAUUGUUAACUAUAUUAAAUAAUACUGGACCCGAUGUACCCUGCAUCACUCCACGCAAUAAAAUUGUAAACUUAGUAGUACUCUUGAUGAAAAGUCCCUCGAAAAUUGUGCCUUAGACGCAAAAUAGUUUCUGAGAUUAAAUUUUAAGGUGGUUGGCGAAAUGUGUGCCAAAUUUUAUGAUAUUAACAAUUUGUACAUUGUUGACAAUUAUAAAUUACAUGAAGUAUACUCGAUGCAUGUAUAUAAUAUUUAUAUGUAAUUCAUUUCUCGAAUAACUUUUGAAAUGCAUUUUAUACAACUCGAUAGGAUUUCAUAGAGAAGAGAUUUUAGAAAUGAGUCUAAUAAAUUAAGUGCAUGUCAUAUAAGUGUGUAUCCUAAAUCCUGACCAAUGUAGGUAUAGUUAAUAUAAAAGUAUUUAUAUUUAUUACUUCCCGUGAAAAAGACAUUUUUACGAAUAGUAUUAUUAAUUUAGGUUUCGUAAAAUUAUAGAGGGCGAUAACAAUUGGGUUAAGAACGCCAUUUUGUGCCUCGGAGGUGAAUUCGUGACAAUACAAUCUUAAUUUGAAAUAGUUUUCAGAAUGGUUAACAAUAUUCCUGUGAUUUAAACAAAAAAAUAUAUAAAAAAAGAACUUUCUGUGAACUAAAAAGUCACAUUAAAAACAUUAAUUUAAAAUACAUUCUCAGAAGUAUAAAAUACUUAAUUGUUAACAUUGUUGAAAACUAUUUCAAAAAACAACUAGUAUUAGUAAACACACAAAUUUAUAUAUAAAAAAAGCUAUUAAACGUAUUUAAUGAAAGAAAAAAAAAGCCGUCAAUUUUAUAAAAUGUAAAUAAGAUUAGAUAUAUGAAAAAAAAGAUAUGUUAAAUAAAAUCUUAUUGUUAUACGAUUAUUGGUAAAAAAAAAUAUUAAUGUAUAAAAAACAAAUAAAUUGGUCACUGUACAGUAAACGAGUGCUAACAUAAUGUGAUCCAUGAAGUAGCCAUAAAAUGCCAUAUUAUUUCAUUUUAAUGAUUUUAAAAUUAAAAUAAAGUUCUGCACAAUCAAGAUCAGUAUUAGUUACAAUAUUUAUGAACCUUUGCAUUCCUGUUUUAUUCCCGGCUACAUUUAUAGUCCAUUCCCGUGUUUAGUUAUAGACGACUUUUGAUGAACUGUUUCGAUGAGUCGAUAUACUUUUUAACCGACUUCAAAAAAGGAGGUGAUUAGACGCAUAUGUCUUUUUUUAUGUUUGCUCAUAACUUCGUCAUUUAUUAACCAAUUUUGAAAAUUCUUUUUUGUUUGAAACAGUAAUUUUGUCUUUAAGUGAAAUAUGUCACUGAAGUCUGUUUUUAAGUUAAAAAGAUAUUAUUCGACAAGUCUAUCAGUUCUUCAAUUCCUAGCUUGUAUCAGUAUUUGUUUAGUUGUAGACCUUUCCUAUUGUUCCUACGAUUCUGUAUCAACUAUAAAGCAGUUUAUUUCACUAGUUAUUUUUUCGUAACUUUAUACAUUAGCAGUUCUUUCGUUUAUUACGAUAAAAAGGCCGUGCCAUAAAUAUUUAGUCAUCGUUUCAAUUUAUUUUGUAUUUGUAACUUUAUUUGUAUUAGUGUGUUCACUCAAUGUAGACGAAAUAUUAUUCUCACUUACUCACUUAAAUGUUGUGUAAUCCUUUAAAAACACCGGUAGUUUUAUUUAAAUCAAUUUCUCUGUCACAAACAAUUUCUCCGCAAUAAAGUUAGUAUUUCAAACAUAAUUAUUGGUUGUUAUUCUUUGUUACGUUAUCUAAUUUUACGUUCAUGUUUUUUAAUUUCGAUUCUUUUACGUUUUCAUCUAUUCACAAACUUUAAUUACUCGACUAUUUAUGUAUUUAGUAUUAUGUAGUGUAAAUUAUUAGUGUUUAAGUUGAAUUCCUCUAUCAAAUGCAGUAUUGUACCCAUAUAACAAAUGGAUUGUUUUUAAUACCUUCUGUCAUAAAAAUUUAAGGGUUUUCGUACAAACUGUUUUCAACCAAUUUUGUAAGUAGUAACUUUGUAUCUGAUUACGAAUUAUUAAUGUAGCAGACUGUUGAGAUUAAAAUUGAUUGGUAUGACAAAUAGUUUAGUGUUGUUUACCUCAUGAGUUUUAGGAAAUAAAUGAGAAUAUAUAAAGA